AUGCCUGUGACACUAGUGGAUAGGCUGCCCUUGCCGAACCUCAAGGUUUACUCGGCGGGAAGUGUUUUACUAUUGUCAGUAGCCGUGUAUUAUGCUAUAAGUGUAACUAGUGACCCCAGCUGGAAGGUAAAUGCGACUCUCCAGCGCGAACAAUCGGCAGUUUCUCAAGAUGAAGCAAAGAUGGUGCAACCACCGAGCUUGACUCCGAACGAGCUCACUGCUGGCUCCAAGAAUGUUUCCGAUCAGUUCAUGGAAGUUAUGACCUUUAUGAUGCAGGAGCCGCUUUGUAUGUGGACAUUGAUCAACAUGGCCUACUGUUCCCUGGCCCUGUUCGGGCUGGUCAUACAACGCGCGGUGUUUGGCCGUCUGCGUGUGUCCGAGGCCCAGCGGGUCAAAGACAAGUUCUGGAACUACGUGUUCUACAAGUUCAUCUUCGUGUUCGGAGUCCUCAACGUACAGUACAUGGAUGAAGUGCUGCUGUGGAGCGGAUGGUUCACUGUGGUCGGCUUCCUACACCUACUGGGACAGCUCUGUAAAGACAGAUUCGACUAUCUGUCCUCAUCUCCGAGCGUGUCUCGGUCGGCUGUCGCUCGUCUGUUGUGUCUGUUGUCGGGCAUGUUGUUGGCGGCCACGGGACUGUCGGUGGCUGCGGUCACCUGGGGCCUGGCCGCUGGGAAGGACACCUUCGCCUUCAUGAUCGCUGAGUGCCUGCUAGUGGCGGUACCGACGCUGCAUGUCAUGGCUCGUUAUAUGCUGAGGGUGAGGGACGCGGACGCAGCCGGCGCCACCGCGUAUUACACACAUCUAGCGUUCGAUUCUGUGUCGCUGGUGGUUGAGACGUGUCACGUGUGUCACAUGGUGGUGUACAGCAACGUGGUGGUGUCCAUGGCGUCGCUGGUGCUGCUCAUGCAGCUCAGACACCUGCUGCACGCGCUGCUGGCCCGGCUCAGGAGACACCGGCUGUACACCGCGCUUGCCACGCACAUGACCAAACACUACCCCAUGGCGAGCCUGGAGGAGGUGAUGAGUCACGAGGACAAGUGCGCCAUCUGCUGGGAACCCAUGACCGAGGCGAGGAAACUACCCUGCAAACAUCUGUUCCAUAACUCGUGCCUGUGUCGCUGGGUGCAGCAGGACGCGUCGUGCCCCACGUGCCGCCGCUCGCUGCAGGCCCGGCCCGCACCCUCGCCCGCCGCACCCCUCACACCCCUCGCACCCCUCACACCAGCCGCCACCAUGGGACUGGACGCAACACACAACCAUCUGUUCCACUUCGAUGGUGAGUAA